AUGUCAACCAAAGAUAUGCCUAUUCCUUUUUCCGUGACCUUCGCGGCCGGUGCAAUUGCGGGUAUCAGUGAGAUUCUCACUAUGUACCCUCUCGAUGUUGUCAAGACGCGAGUACAAUUGCAAGACAACACCGCUGUUGGUGCUGACAGGUACAAUGGCAUGGUCGACUGCUUCCGCAAGAUCGUCAAGAAUGAGGGAUUUUCGAGGCUGUACCGUGGUAUCACAGCUCCAAUCUUGAUGGAAGCUCCUAAGAGGGCUACCAAAUUCGCCGCCAACGAUGAAUGGGGUAAAGUUUACAAGAAGCUCUUUGGCGUAACUGAGAUGAACCAGCCUUUGUCGGUCCUCACUGGUGCUAGCGCUGGUGCAACAGAGUCCUUCGUUGUAGUACCUUUCGAGCUUGUCAAGAUCCGUCUUCAAGACAAGGCAUCUGCGGGCAAAUACACUGGCAUGAUCGAUGUUAUUCAGAAGACCAUCAAGGCCGAGGGUGUUUUGGCCAUGUACAACGGUCUUGAGAGCACACUGUGGAGACACGUUGUAUGGAACGCUGGUUACUUUGGUGUCAUCUAUCAGGUCAAAUCCUUGCUUCCCAAGCAAGAGACUAAGAAGGGUCAGAUGUUGAACGAUCUGAUUGCUGGAUCCAUUGGUGGUACUUUCGGUACCAUGUUGAACACUCCUGCGGAUGUGAUCAAGUCUCGAAUUCAAAACACUGUUCGUGUUAAGGGCGUUGUCCCCAAGUACAACUGGACCCUUCCUUCAAUAGCAUUGGUUGCUCGGGAAGAGGGUUUUGGAGCCCUUUACAAGGGUUUCGUUCCUAAGGUGCUCCGUCUUGGACCCGGAGGAGGUAUCCUGUUGGUCGUUUACACUGCCGUUCUCGACUUCUACAGAGCGUCGAGAGAUGCAAAGGCUGCCCUGACCAUCUAA